UUACUGGCAAUUAUCUUUGCUCCAAUGAACAAUUUCGCAUUUGAAUAGAAUAUUGUUGAAUUAAACUAUGGACUUAAAUCAAAUCUACUCAGCAGUUGACAUUGGACCGUUAAUGCGUUAAGAACGCAAGAAGACAUCUAGAAUUUUAAUUCGAUUUGCAACUACACGAGAAUGAAGUCGUUUAGCAUUACCGUGUUGCUAGCCUCGGCUACUCUAAUAAUGGGUGGUCGUUUAGAAUGGUUUGGGGGUAAGUAAAGUUCCUCAAUUGUUUACGAAAUUUGUGCAAUAAAGUAAUCAUGCAAGACAUUUUCGGAAGAAAACCUAGUAAACUCGAGCUAUAUCAUAAACUUAAAACAGUUAAUUAACAAUUACUAUGUUAGUAAUAGUUGGUGCAACGGCAGUGGUUUGGUCAAGCUUGGCCAUGCCUGCAGCCUUUUUAUCAAAUUUGGAGUGCAGUAUACGUAGCGUUCAAAUACCUCUGUGUGUGUUCUCAAUUUGGAUUAUGUGAUCAGGGCUUUUUUAGUGGAGGGGCCAUCAAAGAAACCUUCACUUGGAGGUGGGGGUGGGGGUAACAUAACUUAAUGGAGGGGGGGGGGGCAAAAUCUUCCAACUUGUAUGUUAGAAAGGCCAUAUACGGGAUCUUGGAAGCAGUAAAAUUAUAAUGUAACAGUGGUACUACAAUUUCGCGCAAUGUAGUUAGUUAUCAUAACAUGAACUGAGGUUGCAAACUAGAUUAAUAUCGGCAUUAUGUUUUUCAAUUAAAUUGUUGUUUACGAAACUUAAUGUAUUACGUGUCAAUAUGGCAUGCGUGCAUGUAGACAUAGACUGCACAUGCAUGCAUGCAUGCAUGCAUGUCGAAACACUUCGGAGAGUCGUUAUUAUUCAAAUGAGAAAGGUGUAGCCUAAUCAAAUGCAAGUAUCAAAAUGCUGCGGCCUGACCCACUAUUAUCCUGUGCGUAGAAAUGAAUACAGACUAGUUUGAGAACAAUAACGCAAACAGUUCUUUCGAGAAUGCGCGCGCGGAUGAACACGAAUCUGCCAAGUCAAUUAAAUCCGAAAAAUAGACUACUUUCUAACAGUUUGGAAAAUCAGUUACUGUAUUUAGAAAUUUACCUAUAGGUUUGAACCUUAAUAAUAUUGUGAAACAACAUGCAGUCAUGAGAUUGUACUCAUGAUGACAUGGAUCUUGAAAAAUUGCUUAUUCAGUAGUCUUGUAAUGUAUAUUAAGAUAUAUAAUAAUGCAAAAUUGUGGUCGCUCACGUUUUCGACUCGUUCCAUAAUAUAUAUAGGACCUUCCGACUUGGGCUACAUAGUAUGUUAUUCUUUACCAAGUUUAGACUGUCAUGGAUAAUUUCACUAUUUCAGUUUCAGAGUUUGAAGAUGCUGGCUGUGUAGAUAAGUACCCCACAAAAGAAUGUAAAGAGCAUGCCGCAAUAGAAGGAUAUUGCGACGAUCAUAAGGAAUUCAUGGAGACACGUUGCGCAAAAUCCUGCGGAUUCUGUCAGCGUAAGUAAUUUUAAGUGUUUGUAAUAAGCUCUCGCAACUUAUCCAGCAACUGAAAUACUGUUCUUGCAAUAGCAUAGCAUAACAACUCUAGUUGUUUACGCCUCAAGUAAGUUGAUAAUAUAUUUGCAAGAAUAUCUCGCACGCUCGGAAAUUUGAACUUGUGCUCGACCUAUUUGAUUUGAUAUCUCAAUGCGCGCGACAUCCCCUAUAGAGUUAACUUCAUAACACAAAAUGCUUUUGAAAUGCGUGAAUUCAUUUUCGUAUGACACUUUUGUGAAUGUUGCAGUGUGUGCUGGGAGAGUUAUUAGCAAUGCAAUACAACACAUAACUAUACUUAAAAUAAAAUGUCAAUUUUAGUCUAACAACAUUAAACAGACGGCCCGGGGGGGGGUUAUGUUAAAAUCUCAGCCUAUCCGGUCCACAUAUUUUGUCACGGAUUGUAGUUAAUCAAGUUUCUAUUCUGCUUUACAAAGCGCAAGUUCCUCUGGGUCCAGGAAUCGAAUGUAAAGAUAAGAUAGAGGGAUGUGCAGAACAUGCCGCCAUUGAAGAUUAUUGCAAAUACAAUGAAGAGUUUAUGAUCAAAUAUUGCAGAAAGACAUGUGGUUUAUGUCGUCGUAAGUAUAUACGCUUUUUUGGGGUUCUCGCGACACCAUCUUUCUAAGUGGUAAUUCCCAUUAGGACGGCUUGCUAUUAGCCCAACAAAGGCGUAUUUUUCCGCAGUUUUUGCGCAAGUGGACCCAAAAACCUGUGCCAUUGCUUGGGAUAUUUGGACAAGAUAUAGGUUCCUAUAUUCUUUCCAAAGCUCUAAAGCUAUAUUUACACUACGGACUGACAGUUUUACUGAUUUACCGAGAUUUACCUGUACGUUUUAAACAUUGUUGGGACACAUGCGGUUUUAGAUUGUCAGUAGAUAUAUCAUAUAUGACAAACAUAUAUAUCUUCCUACUCCUCCCUAUCCCCAUUCAAUUUUGUUUUCCCAUUUGCACACCAAAGUAAGAUACUAACUGAGACCUAUUAAUUUAUAAUAGAACCAAACGCGCCCGGCAAAGAAUUAUUUUGGGAAACCACACCCUGGGGUGAGGUAAGUUACAGUAUAGUUAUAUUUCUUCCUAACGACCGAGGUUGUUUAUACUAUAUAUAGGAAUGAGUGUAUGGCCAGGUUGGGACUCAUAUGCAGUAUAUAAGUUUGCAGUCCCUAUAUAUAAAAGUGAGGAGAAAUCAUGCUUUAUAUAGCAAACACUUUUGCAUAUAUAUAAUUGAUCAUCUUUUUAAAACGGUUCUUUAAAACAUAAACAGUUUUAGACGUUUUCUAGUUUCCAGUAUUCAUGGCAGAUAAAGUUUCGAUGGUAUCCCAGUUUACUUAUUCCAAAUUCAUUAGGAGUUCCUGAUUAAUUUACUUUGCCUUAGAUAUCAUAGGUAUAAGCUGAAAAGAAAUUAAACGAAUAGUAUAUAUAGGGGUUUGUGUCGAGCAAAAUAAUAUUCGACAAUUUCCAAAGUAGUUCUUCGUAUAUACCAAAGUAAUUGCAAACGGUGUUAAUAUAUCAUGUUACACGAGAAAUUGUUACUGCAACUUGCAACGCAGUUUCUGCCACGCAUGUCAUCUACAACGUGGUCGCAAGGAAAUUGUGAGCAUGACCCAAGCUUUAUCCUUCCGGAAUUUUUUUCCAUUUCAUUCAAUGUUCAUCCCUUAAGAGAAUAUUAUGUAAAGAAAGUGUAGGCCGAGUAGAAUGCAGACUAUGAUUAUAUAUAGUUUUCUGCGACUAUACGUUUUGGAUAACAUGGCUGUGUAUCCGAAAUUGCGUUAUAUAAGUUCAGCAAAACUUGCUAUUAGGUUUAUAAUCUUUUCAACAUUCCUAUAGAAAAUAACCUUGUCUUGUAAAUGUAUAUCGAAUAAUUCCGUACGUUUCUUUCCUGAUAUCCUCGCCAGGUUUUGUAAGGUUUUUUAAAAUUUGCGUAACUCGUAGUGUUUCGCUAGGAAUGUAACGCAAGGCCUUGGUCUCCUGUUUAACGUACCAACCAGGGGCGGCGGAAUAGGGGGUAACAGAAGUAAAAGUGGGGAGGGGGAGGAGAUCAUAGUAAGAUAGUAAUAUCGCUGCCUAAAAGACAAAGAUGAGCUUGAUAUGAUGUGCUUGACCCGGAUAUGAUUGUGGGAUGAUGUCGGCUGAUCAAUAGGUAAAAGACCCUGGCUUGCGAGGUUGGAUUCAACUGACUUCAGUAGUGUUGGAUAACUGACUUGGUAUCACUGAUCUAUAAUAGUGGGCGUUACGAACUUACGAGCGGACCUUGGAUUCCAUUCCUUUUUGGGCAUUCAGAAAUUUUAUUUCAGCAAAUGAUUUGACUUUAUAUUUUAUCACCCUUCCUGCAUGCAGUACUGAAGACAACAAACAAGAUUUGUGCAAUUUGUAAUGUUUAAAAAUACCUAUAUAUGUGUGAUGGUAAUUCAUGCAAGUCAAUCAUUUUCUUUAUUCCUAUAGUGUAAGCAAGGUGUUCAAAGGCGAGGCGUGAAAUGUAUCCAUGUUUAUGAGGGAAAAGAUUACCAGGUAGAUCUAAAAUAUUGCAGAGAUAAUCUGACAGACGAAGCUGAACCUGCAGACAAAAGAGAUUGUGUGGCAUAAAGAAACCUCGACAUGAGUAUAGACAUUGAUACAAGGUAUUUAAGUACGUAAAAAGAUCAGUUAAAAAAACAUAUCUAACUUGCUGUCUUUAAUAUAACAGAUCUUGUUAAUGUGGCGUUAUAUUAUCACUGCAUAGUAAUGAUAAGAGUUAUAUAGUGAGUCAUUUCCAUGAUUAAUAAUAUGAAAGGUAAAUUAUAUAGAUCGCUAUCAUAGACACCCCAAUGACUAGGCGUGUUUUACACUAACAAGUAUAUGUUUGUUAAAAAUGCAAAACGACAGGAAGAAAGUGCCACGACAGGAAGAAAGAUGAAUUAAAUACCAAAACUUGAUCGAAUAAAUGAUGAUAGGUUGUACCAAAACUUUUUCGAUCUACUCCACAGGUGGCACCCCCUGGCCGGAGUGAAAAUUUUUGGGCAUCCUUUCAGAAAUUUAUCUUCAGUUCAAAUGGUCUAAUUUCAGAAGAGAUGCUCGGUAUUAUCCAGCCUACUAGGUUUUUUCCUUAACGGAUUAUACAGUGGUCAAACGGUAAAAUGCAUGGUAUAAUUAUAUUGAGGCUUAUCCAUGCUUUCUUUGUUUUAUAGAUAACAAGAAGCAACAAUAUAAACGUGUGAUUUACUGGAAUUCAAAAGUUGUGUCUCAAUUCUGUUACAUAACAGUAUUCAUUAUAUUUCAUUAUAUUGAAAUCUUGUGUUUCACUUCUACUAUAGAAAGUACUAUUGGUGUAUAAGUGACUUGUGGUGUAGUAAUUAUGAGUAGGAUUAUUAACAAUAAAAUUGAUUAAAUUAA